AGCCUUUUGUAGUGUAUCUGAGUAAGCCCCUGACUUAACUCAUUGACAACUGUCAUCAUGUCGCCGAAGAAGACGACUGACGGUGGCUAUGUUCAGAAAGAGCAGGAGGAACAGCCAGAAGUUCCCGAAGAGGAAGCAGAACAGUCAGAAGAAGAGGAAGCAGAGCAAGCUAACGAAGAGGUGGAUGCACUGGCUCAGUUGAUGAUGGCUCAAGACCUUCUCGGUACGGUGAGCCUCUCCAGUGACGCUAAUCUGACAGAGAUUCACAACGCUUUACUGGACAAAAUCAAUGAGAUGGAGGACAUCAAGAAGGCUGUGGAAGUUGAACAGGGCAUCCGUCAGAAGGCUCAGAAAGAGGCCACUCGCAAGGUAGAAGUGGCAAAGGCGAAGGCUAUCAAAGACAAGGAGAACAAGGACAAGCGCAGUGGUCGAGAGUGGUUCAAGAUUGUGACGCCGUCAGGCAGGGUGCUCACGCUCUUUCUGGACAAGUCCAAGACGCUGGGACGACUCCGUAAGAAGGCAGUCAGGGCGUGCAAGGAGUUUGACAUGGGCAGUGGCAAGAAAAAGAAGAAGUGGAAUAGCAUCUGUCUGGUGCUCCCAAGCGGGAAGAACCUGACGGCAAAGAGCGGUCGCCCCUUCCUCUACAACCAGAAUGAGUUGUUGAACCAGAGGGUGUUGUUCAUCAUGUGGGAGGAGAACUUCAACACAGGCAACUACCCACAGCCCUUGAACCUUCAGGUCAGCAUGGACCAUGAGGAGGUGGAUGAGAACACAGAUGACGAGACAGACAGCGACGACGAUGAGUGAGUGAAGCCUCACAAUUCAGCCCACAUAGCCUUGUGAUUGAUUUCCUCUUUGGCUUCCGAAAGCAACG